GUCACCAAAACAAGCGUGAGCUGCGAGAGCUUCGUAGCUUUGUUGAAAUAGAUGAAAUAAGAUGAUAAAAUGCCACUUUGCUGGCUCAUCAGCGAGGAGGGCAACCAUAAACCGAUUCCGCUGCCUCACCUGCACACAGUUGUCCUGGGUCGAGGUCCAGAAACGACUAUUAAAGACAAAAAAUGCUCUCGGCAGCAAGUUGAAUUGAAAGCGGAGUGCAACAAAGGUUAUGUCAAAGUUAAACAGCUGGGCUUGAACCCCACCUCCAUAGACUCUGUGGUGGUGGGUAAGGGCAAUGAGGUCAAAAUGAAGCCUGGACAGCAGCUUCAUAUUGUCAAUCAGCUCUACCAAUACACCAUACGGUUCAAGGAGGAUCUCAAUGGGGACGGUGGCGGCGCCAAAAGACCACGAGAGGCAGCUUCAGAGGACAGAGAGAGUAUGAAAGCAGCCAAACAGACAGAAAAGGUGUCUGUGUCAGUCAACCAUGGAGACGCUGCAGAAAACAGUGGAAGAGAGGAAAGAAAACAGGAAAGUGUCGCACACUGGAGUCAAGGUCUGAAGGCCUCAAUGCACGACCCAAAGAUGCAGGUGUACAAGGAUGAAAAAGUCGUAGUAAUCAAAGACAAAUACCCCAAAGCUCGCUACCACUGGCUGGUCCUCCCGUGGCGGUCCAUCUCCAGCCUGAAGGCCUUACGUGAGGACGACUGUGAGCUGGUCAAACACAUGCAGCGAGUGGCUGACCUCAUGGUCCAGCAGUGCCCGGACGCUAGCUCGCUACGCUUCCGCUCAGGGUACCAUGCCAUCCCCAGUAUGAGUCAUGUGCACCUCCACGUGAUCAGCCAAGACUUCGACUCUCCUUGUUUAAAGAACAAAAAGCACUGGAACUCCUUCACAACUGACUAUUUCAUGGAGUCUCAUGAUGUAAUUCAGAUGCUCGAAACGAACGGAAGGGUCACCGUCAAAGAAGGAACCAGUGAGUUGUUGAAGCUGCCGCUUCGCUGUCACGUGUGUCGCAGAGAACUUCCCACGAUACCUGCUCUGAAGGACCACCUGAAGUCUCACCUUCCCGGCUGAGACAGUGACCUCGAAGAGGAUUCGGUUCCUCAGAUGUUUGAGUUCAGCGUAGGACUGUAGCGUGUUGGGCAUCUUUUUUGCCCGUUGAGUGUUUAUAAAACUUGUUUUAAUAAAAUCGUCUGUAGCUUCAGCUGUAGGCCGGCUGUCGGUAGGUUCAGAGCAGCGUCACUGUUGAGAUUCAGGUCACUUCUGUUGGGUUUUAUUUGGUUUUUGCCAAAUCUCAGGAUUGUUCACACA